CCGUCAACCACCUCGACGACCCCGAUUCAACAUGGCCACGUAUCAGCGUCUGCCGACGAGCCCACAAGACGACCCAGCCGACGAGCGUCGCGAGAACGAGCUCUCGCUCGAGAACCCACUGUCCGAGGCCACGAUCGCGCAGUUCAACGCGCCCGAGCCGGCGUGGUGGAAGCGCGCCGCGUUGAUCGUUGCCAUCAUCGUCAUGUCGUGGCUGGCCAUCAAGCUCGGCGGCAUGGGCGGCGAGAAGAAGAAGCCCGACGUCAUCUACGCAACGCGCUACUCGGACGAGUUCAAGUACCGCCCCGCUGCGUCGCCGAUCAUCACCGAGCACCUCAAGGACGGGAGAAUACGGAUCCGCGGCGCGACGCCCGGCGGCAUGGGCGUGCGCGAGGCCGACAUGCCCAAGACGCCCGAGCAGCGCGCGUACGAGCUGCGGCUCAAGAAGGAGGAGGCCCUCGAGGCAGCCAAGCAAAAGUUCAAGGAGGGCAAGGCGAAGCGCGCCGCAGGAAAGAGUGGCAAGGGGAAGCGGAAACGGACGGGCCGGGGCAACGAGCCAUGAGCCAUAGAUGAUGGACAGUGUCGUGUGUG